GUACAAAUGGUGUGGGUGAUUGCAAAGCUGUGUUUCCAUAUCCACUAGAUGGCACAAAUAAUCUAAUAUUACUGGCACCUUUCAAACCAAGUAAGAGGAGAAGGAUAGACAAAGCGAGCAAAGGGAGGGAGCUAGUUGCUGUCUUUAUUCGGAGCAGUGUGUCUAUGUGAUGCAGUAAUUAAACCCCCUCCAGCAGGCAGAAAGGAAAACUCACAGGCUGGGAGAAUAUAAAAGCAGAGGUGAUCUAGCAAGGUGCGUUCUUUAUGUUGCUGUGUGGAGCACGUUCAGGCAAAGCUUUCUUCUGACGGAUUCCCAUUUGACAGCACGAUGCUUCCUCUCUUAUUGACUGCAUUUGUACCACAUCACUUCUAAUCUUUUGAAGGAGCCUGAUUUUUUAAAGCAACAUGCCAGAGCCAAGCAAUGAUUAUAGGGUGGUUGUGUUUGGAGCUGCUGGAGUUGGAAAAAGUUCCUUAGUUCUGCGUUUUGUACGAGGGACAUUUAGGGAAACCUAUAUUCCUACCAUUGAAGAUACUUAUAGGCAAGUCAUCAGCUGUGAUAAAAACAUCUGCACAUUACAGAUCACAGACACAACAGGGAGCCACCAAUUUCCUGCUAUGCAAAGGCUAUCAAUAUCUAAGGGCCAUGCAUUCAUCUUGGUCUAUUCGGUUACAAGUAAACAGUCAAUGGAGGAACUUCAGCCAAUAUAUGAACAAAUCUGGCAAAUUAAGGGAGACACCCAGAACAUUCCUAUUAUGUUGGUUGGUAACAAGAGUGAUGAAAUGCUGAGGGAGGUACAGGCCAGUGAGGGAGAAAGCUUGUCAAACAAGUGGAAGUGCUCUUUCAUGGAAACAUCUGCAAAGCUCAACUACAAUGUACAGGAACUGUUUCAGGAACUUUUAAACUUAGAAAAGAGAAGAACUGUCAGCCUGCAAGUGGAUGGAAAGAGGUCCAAGCAGAAGAAGAAGAAAGAUAAGCUGAAAAGCAAAUGCUUAAUAAUGUAACCUGUGCCUUAAUAGACCUUAUUUUCAAAAAACAUCAGUACUCACAUUGGAGGUAUUGGGAAAAAAAUGUAAAAUGACAAUAUAAUUUUGAUACAAAGUGGUCUGUAAAUAAAUAGCCAGUUUAUGCCAUUGUUGUUAUUUGGAGCUGACUGCAUGCAUCUCCAAAGUAAAUAUAAGGGUUGGGGCCAGUGUUAUUGUGCUAGUGGCUAAUAAUGUUUGCACUUGACAGUAGAAUGCAAGGCUGUGUUUUGCUCAAUAUUUAUGAUAUCUCUGUGCUUCAUUGAUAUAUAAUUUGUUUCAAGCUGGAUCUGCUUGUAUUCUUCUUGUGUGCGAUGAAGUUGCAGACCUGUAUGUAACACUUGCAUGCUGGCAUUUGCAGUUGGUACAGAUAUAACUGCUGUAAAUUAAAUAUGUCAAGGUAUAUAUUGUUCUAGUAGAAAUGUCCUUAACUCUUGCUUUUCUUAAUGCUCAGGCUGUCACAAUUAUUGUGUGGGCAAAUGCUGCUUUUUAUUAUUUUUUUCCUAGUAAACAAAGCUUGAUUCAACUUA